UAGCAAGCUACAAUUAUGGGGCAUCCAAAUAGUCCAUAUUCAAGGUGUGUGUUCUUUUUCACUAUUCAUUUCCCUGUAGAUUAUCCAUUCAAGCCCCCAAAGGUUGUAUUCCACAUAAAAAUUUUCCAUCCUAAUAUGAAUAGGAAUGGUAGUAUCUGCCUUGACAUUCUCAAGGAACAAUGGAGUCCUGCAUUGACAAUAUCCAAGGUUUUACUUUCAAUAUGUUCUUUAUUGACCAACCCAAACCCAAAGGAUGCUCUUGUACCUAAGAUUUCUCACAUGUAUAAGAAUGAUAAGGCAAAGUAUGAAGCAACUGCAAGAAACUUGACCCAAAUGUAUGCAAUGACUUAG